ACUGAAGAACAAUUUGUCUAUAUGGCGAGCGGACAGAAUGAGGAGGAGUUCAGUGUGAAGGCCGGCCAAAACGUGGGCCAAGCACAAGUGAAGAGGGAUGAUUGGAACGUGGACAACAACACCAACUCUUCUCAAACUUCUGGCUUUCUCCAGCAGAAAGGGGAGAAGGUGAAGAGCAUGGCUCAAGGAGCAUCAGAGGCAGUGAAGAACAAACUGGGGAUGAACAGUGACAACGACAAUGAUUAUAAGAACAAGAACUCUUUGGACAGGAAUAAUCCUAACAACACAACCUGUCCAAGCAUGCCUGGUCAUCCUCCUUCCGAUAUUUAACUUUGUUUUCGUCACAAAACGCAUCUUUUCGAAUUCCACUAGACUCUCUGUAAUAACAAUAAAAGGGAUCCACACAAUACAUUCAACCCAACACAUGUUCA